CCCACAAUAUCACCCGGAGCUCAGAGAACCGGAGAACUUGAUCUUGACCAACACGUUUGGAUUCGUGGGAACUAAAUCCUCCCUCUGAGCUCUAAUUGCCUAAAAGGUUCCAUCUGCAGUCUCCAAUCCGCCCAUCUUGGACACAUUAUCACACUUUUUAUUUAUUUAUUUAUUUAUUUUUUCCUCCCACUCCUGGGAUUUAACCUUCACCCAGUCCGUCACUUCGCCCCCUCCUACCCAGAAAGAGGGUGUAAAGUUGGAGUCGGCCCGGAGAUGCGGUUCUUUUUCCCGCUGACUGUGUAUUGCAUCAGCCUGCUUUCCCUCCAGCAGGCUUUGCCGGCUGAGGAGAGACCGGGCACGAACAGGUUGGAUGUUCUCAACAAACUCAUUGGCCAGAAAGAGGAUAACGCUCCCGCUGCAGAAAGCCAGACUAUCAGCACGGUCCCAUCUUCACCCUUGAGCCGAUCCCCAAACCGGCUGCCUGGAUUCAUGAAGCAGCGACUGGCAUCAGGAGCAAGGACAGCCUCCCCGGCCUUGGCGUGGGUGCGGUCCACCGAGGCUUUGCAGGUUGAGCGACGGGCACCGAGAGCUCGUCGCCAUGCCCACUCACGAGGGGGUCACCACAACCAUCACCAUGCCAAACUGAUGCGGGUGGGUUGCGUCCUGGGGACCUGUCAAGUGCAGAACCUCAGCCAUAGGCUCUAUCAGCUUAUUGGCCAAACUGGCAGAGAAGACUCUUCUCCCAUUAAUCCCAGGAGCCCCCACAGCUUUGGAUGACUUCGAUAAAACCUCCAAAUAGCCACAGCAAGUCUAUCUAUUGCUCCAUUUAUUUAUUGUUUCUUAAUGUAUUAUUGAUAGUUAUUGCAUUAGAGUUUGAUGUAGUACACAACUUUUAUUAUACCCGCCUUAGAUGACUGUUGCUUCUAAUUUUUGUGCACAAUAUAUGGAUUUAAAACUUUAAAUCAGGACUGAUUGAAUCUUCUUUCAAGCCCCUGAACUGAUUUCUCCCACCAUCAUGAGAAAGUUUGGCUUUGAGGGUUAGUGAUGUCUUUCUGAAUCUCCCUCUGGAACGUUCAAAAGAAGCCAAGAGAUCUCAGGCUGAUGUUUAAAUCCUGUUAAUAUAAGAAUGAAGGCUUGUCUUCAACACCAUCCAGCGGCCUGGUCCUAUCUGCCCACUGACCUCCGCAGGAGUGGUUAUCCUGCCGCUCACUGAUCAAACACUUAAGCCAUUAAUGUGGAUUUGAAGCUGCAGCGUGAGCUGGAUUCCUGUCAGAACCAAUGUAUUCCUAGAGAACUCGUCGGCGACUCAGUGAACCCUUUUACCUCUUUUCUGUGGCCCCCUUUGUCUUAAUUUUGGACUCACAUGCAAUUUCAGAUUGAACACUGACACCCCUGGAGCAGGUCGCAAGUUUCCAGUUGCCUCAGAACUGCGAACUCAUCAUUCAGCAAGACUUUACCACAGAGAGAGGAGAGGGUCAGCUUCUGUUGCUUUGGAUGGAAUGCAAACAAACGGACUCCCCUAAGUAUCGCUUUCAAUUUUGAGCUGCACUGGCUGGUUGGCUAUCACAGCACAGUGAACGUUGGAGUCAUGGAUCAGUCCUCUGUCACGCCGCUGCUGCCAUUCUCCCUGCAGGGAGAAUGGCAGGACUUUGGACUGACAGCCGUUUAAUAAACCUAAAGGUUCAGUCACAAUGUGAGGGGUGGGAGGGGGCUGGGGGGCUUUCCAAGUCUCCCGCUGUCUGCGGCGCUAAAGUGAAAUACGCAAACGUGCAGAUAUUAAAGGCUUGGCAAAUGGUAAAAAUGAGCCCAUGUUCCCAUAGUUACAGUGUUGUCGAGUAGUUGUAACGGAGCGAUGUGGACUCUUGGUCUGGACGAAGAUGUUCCUGUUGAUGUUUCUCAGUAGCUCGAUAGUCGCUUUCAGUUCUAGAUCGAUCUCAUGAAACCAAAAACACAUUUGACCUUCUUUACGUGCCUUUGGACGUCUUAUGGACCAACUGAAGGACUUUUGUGAAAACUGCUGAGUGUGCACAUGAGUGCAUUUCUUCCUAAAUGUUUUCCUCUGUGUUUCAUUAAAGUGGAGGCUGUACAAGCCUGCAAUCUGCUCAUGAGCCAAGUCUUCGAUGCCAACUGUGUGAAGUCUUUUUUAGGAAGACUGAAUAAGAAAAGUUCAGCUGCAUGUUACAGUUGGUAAAACACCCUUAAUGUUGAUGUGUAAUGGGCUAAAUGGGUUUAAAUUAGUCCUGAGAUGAUGGCCAAAGGCUUUACGACUACAUUGCUGUUUUGUAAUGAGGGACCAGAGCAACCAAAAUGUUAGGUGUAGCAGUGCCCAGUUUCAAAUAUGUACACGAAAUAGCAAAAACCCAAGUCCUAACAUUUCCUCUCACUCUAUUUAUAUUCACGUCCGAAGUGGUGGGCAGACGAUGGACUGAAAAUAACCGAAGUUUCCUCAUCAAGAGUCCUAGAAUUGGGUUAAACCUUACAAAAACUGUAAAACAUAUAUUUAAUUUCUCUAUUCCAAGUCUUUACUAUAUGUUUGGCUACUCUUUAUGUCUUUUUAAAGGAUACAGGCCACUGAGCGAUAUCUGGUUAUUACUGACGUUAGUUUAAAAUCACCAAAUACCUGAUAGUACUUGACAAAUCGACUUUACAGUGUGCGCUUCUUUUAUAGCCUGAUGUCUUUCUCCUUUUUUACAUGUUUGCAUUUAGUCUCUUUUUUUGCUAAUCCUGCCUGUAAUUGUGGGGGCUGUGAGGUCACAGGUCACAAUAAUCAGAGGUCUUAACCUGUUCAAAGGCUUGUUGAGGUGCAACUCUCUGCUGUAAUGGAGCUAAUCAGUGUCUCGUGACCGAUCAUUAAAAGGCUUUUCAAACGCUAAAACAACCUGGUUGAUUUCUGUACUUUCCAGAAUGUCUCUCUCUCUCUCUCACACACACACACACACACACACACACACACACACACACACACACACACACACACACACACACACACACACACACACGAUACAUGUGUGUGUUUGCACUGCUAGCCUACCAGGAAACGUAUCUCCUGUGUUUGAUCUGCUCUGGAUCGCUGUGCUCCUGCUGCCUGUAUUUUAACGUCUUUUGUUUAAACGCAGUGUGUUCUUGUGACAUCAGACAUUGCUUCAUGUGGGGCUGUAUGAGCAAACUGUCCACGACCGCCGAUACGUCCGCACAGAGCAAGCAUCCAGAGCCAAUCAGGCAGGUUAACAGUGUUUCUGUUACAAACAGGCACAUCUGGUUUGUUUGCUUGUUUUCCAUCUGAGAGACACCCGAUCUUCUUUAGAUCACAGGAAGCACUUUAAAGCAUGUCUGUCCAACGUUUGUCACAACUUGAAUUUUGCUCCCUGUAACAGACUUAUGAAAAGCCCUGAUGUACUUGUGUAAAUGUGGCUGUCUGCGAAUGUGUUUGAAGAUGUCAGUGCCUUCCACGUGGCUUCACCGUGAGCAUCACGGGCACCUGUGAAUAUUUAGAUAAUCAACCAAAGUAUUUAAAAAAGUCAUGUAUUUAAGUUAUCUUUGUAUGUUUAUGUCUGUGUAUCACCAAAGUUGUUCCACUGCUGCUUAAACAUGGUAGGAAAAGAAGUCUGAACUGUAGUAAAGUCUUAUUUUUACUGUUUUUAUUGACUUUUGAAAUAAAAGGUGUUCUAUGGA